AUGUUGCGCACGCAGGCCUGUUACGGCCGAGCAUGCGCUCUUAGAGUUCCCGACUGCAGGUGGGAUCGGCAGGAGGCAGCCGGGCCAUGGCUGCACUCCUUCGAGCUGUGCCGCGGUUGCCAGGGCCAGUGGUGUGGAGAAGGCCUCUCUAUGGGCUGCAGUGCUGCAAUGGGCAGGAUUUCAGGAGGUGGGUGGGGAGCAGGUCACCCACCUCGAAGGAGAAACCAGCAGGCACAGAGACAGAGAAAUUCCAGAUGAUCUACCGGUUUGAUGCUAUCAGAGCUUUUGGAUACUUGUCUAAGCUGAAGGUGGCACAGACGGCCCUGACGGUGGUGGCCCUGCCGCCUGGCUUUUACUGGUAUUCUCAGGGCCUCAUGACUUUCAACUCCCUGUGUCUCAUGGGUGGGAUAGCUGGGUUUGCCCUGGCCAUGCUGUACUGGAUGAGCUAUUUCUUCCGGAGGCUGGUGGGUAUCCUGUAUGUGAACGAGUCAGGCACCAUGCUGCGGGUGGCCCACCUGACCUUCUGGGGCUGGCGGCAGGACACAUACUGCCCUUUGGCUGAAGUGAUCCCUUUGACAGAAACCCAGGACCGGCCCCAGGAGCUUUUCGUUCGGAUUCAGCAGUACAAUGGGAAGCAGACCUUCUACCUCACCCUGCGCUAUGGACGCAUCCUGGACAGAGAGCGUUUCACACGGGUGUUCGGGGUGCUGGACAUGCUCACGUGAACAGUUGGAUCUCCCAACAGAAGAUUAUAGACGGGGAUCUGACAGCUGGAGACUUUGGCAGGGCCCCUGGGAAACUUGUCUGUUGGGGUGAGGAAAUCCAUGAGGCGAUGCCAAUAACCCAGUUUAGGAAAGAGGCCUUAGUGCAGAUUCUUACCGCACUAAUGUAUGACAUUUCAUUAGGUAAUGGCCAGCAGUUUCUGUAGUACUAUAAAAUGGGGAGACAGGUGUGACGGGGGAGCAAAGGAUUCGGAGUUGGAAGACUUGGGUUCUGUUCAUUCUUAACUCCCUGCCCUCGGGCAGGGAACUGAGUUGCUCUGAACCUUGUUUUUCACACUUGUAAAAUGGAAAAUCCUGCCUGUCUCAUGGGAUGGGUGUGAGGAUAAACAAUAAAUGUCAAGUCCUUUACAAACUCAACAGGCAAGAGCAGACAUUAAGUGUCAGUUCAGAGGUGAUGGUGUGGUGGACCCAGCAGCAGAUGUGACUGGGAUGAAGCUUAGAGGUGGGUCAUUUGGUUCUGCUGGAUGGUAACUACACCACUGGGGCAGGAGUGUCAUCCAAGCACCUGCAGCACCCCUGCCGAGACGGAUCACUUCCCAGAGGUCUAGGGGCUCUCACGCCAGAUGCCUCUGUGGACUUUGUGUUCCUAGGCCAAAUUUUUGCCUGAAGAUAGGUUCUCAAACCCUGGCUCCAUGUGUGGAAUCACCUAGAGAGAUUUUAAAAAAUAGUGUUACCCAGGCUUAUGGCCAGGCCCCUCAGGUGGUUCUCAGGUGUAGCCUGGGUGGCCAGCUGCUGCCUGGAAGUCUCACCACACUGGGAGGUGAGAGCCUGGUUUCUCACUAGCCUUGGCAUGAAAGAGCUUCCAUGCAUGGUCUGCCCACGCAGUACCAGCAGAGGGCACACAGAGCAAAUACGUUACCCAUCCCUUUAUUCCUGAGCUAAAAUCACAGAUCUUCACGUGACAAUGGGAAUCAGGUUAGGGCUUCUACAAUGCAUGUAGGGCAGCACUUGGGAGAUGUCCAAAAACCCUCAAACUAACAUGAACGAAGACAACAAAAUUUGCCUGUGUUCAACCCCUGUAGAUUCUGUUUAGAAGCUGGGCAUCUAUUUUUACGCUUCCCAGGUAAUUCCAAGGCACCCGAAGUUUUGAAAAUCAUUGUGUGAGGUUUACCCGUCCCCAAAACUAUGCAGCAGCUUUUCAGAAAAUGGAAGUGGUCUUUAGAUUCAGGUGGUGGAUAUCCUGGUGAUUACUCCCUUUGACAACAAUUCUGAAAUAGUAAUGUGAUAGAGAUACCCAAGUAUACAUAUGAGAAUGUUCACUGAAUGUUUCUAAUAGCAAAACAAAUGAAACAGUAGCACCAAGACUGGAAGGAAACUAAAUUUCCAUUAGUAGGCAACAUGGUUAAA